UGGAUAAACCAUCUAGCUCUUCACCAAAAAAAAAGAAGACUAGAGGUGUCACAGCAUUGCUACGUUUCAUUGCCAAACUUCCUGAUGGUGAAAAAUACCAAAUUGAUUUUGAUCCUGAUACCUUCCAACCCAUUGGUCAGUAUGCUGCAAAGUUUAAAAGUUAUUUGUCAUUCAUUGCACGUAGCAAGGUUAGUAUAAAUGAAAAGCAAUGGAAAAAGAUAAGCGAUAAGUUGAAGGACGUGAUAUGGGACGAUAUCACGGUAUGCAUUUUUAAUUAAUUAUUUUAAAGUUAUUAUCUAUAAUUGCUUCAAUUACUAACACUCCUUAUGUUUUGAAGUGUAAGUUCACUUGCCCCACUGAUAAAGAAUUUAGGAAGCAUUGGUUUGUUUAUAUGGGGGAACGAUUGAAGCAAUUUAAGACAUUGCUCUCAAAUGUCUAUAUAUUUGGGAAAGGAGAUAAGCAUGGAAAUACAACUCCAUUUGAAAAGUAUAAAUUUAUCAAAGAAGAAGAUUGGGAUUUGUUUGUCCAGACUCGACAAAAAGAAGAUUUUCAAGAGAAAAGGCUAAAAGGAAAGACACAUGCAUCAAAGAAUAUCCACCCUCAUAUUUUGUCUCGUGGUGGUUAUGAAAAACUUAGGGCCACCGUAAUGGAAGAGAGGAGGAAAAAAGUGAUUGAAGAGGCCAAAGGUGAUGAAAGUUUGAUGGUUGACCCUCCCGAACUAAAGCGAUAUGAGGCAUGGUUGAUGGCUCGACAGAAGCCAUCGGGAAAUUUUACAUCUGAGGCAACAAACUUAGUAGCAUCUAAGAUUGGAGAGUUAGUGGAAAAAAAUACACAAGGUACUAUUGUCUUUGAAGGGCGUGACGAUAUCUUGACUGUUGCCCUUGGAAUAAAUGAACACCCUGGUCGGAUCCGCACUGCUCCUAGGGGUGUGGGCUUUAAGAAUUUCUAUGGAAAAAGUUCACGCUCCACCUUAGGAGGUGUCUCUCAAGAUGACCUUCUAGCCCACCUUCAAGCCUUGGAGCAAAAAUGA